CGAGCCGCCACUAUCUUCAACGAAGAACUUGGGAGCGCCCGUAUUAAUUUUCUAACCUGAAAUUCACAUGUGAUCGAGAGCGAUAAUACUGGGCAGCGUAGUGCGAUUUAAAAUCUAGUCUAAGGAGAGGAGAUGAGCGAUGCCGAGCUCCAGGAAGAGGAAAGGGAAGUACUGUCCUCGAUAUACGAUGGCGAUCCGGCUUUUAAGCAGUUGACACCUACGACAUUUCAGUACAAGUACGGACAGGAUAACGAUCUGAAGUCAUUUCUCCUGGAGAUCUCAUGGAGCGCGACAUAUCCAACGGAGAAGCCGGCCAUCAAUAUGGACACAUUUUAUAAUAAACACAUUGUGCAAGAGGUAAAGGACAAGGUGGUGAGUCUCGUAGAGGCAGAGGCUGAGCAGUGGUUAGGUAGCGCCAUGACGUAUACCUUAUUUCAGUCUGUCCAAGAACAUUACGCAGACUUAAUAUCCGUUCAGCCAGACUCAGUCACCGAUAUUAACUCCUAUACCGGUAAACUCAAGAUCGCCGAUGAGAGUCAGCAGGUUGAAGAAACGGCGAAGAAGCCGAAGAAGGAACAAUUGAGCAAGGCACAGAAACGUAGGCAGUGGAACAAGGCGGACGGUAAGGGUGAGAGACCGCGUGGAUGGAACUGGGUGGAUAUAGUGAAACAUUUGUCACAGACCGGCCCUAAACCGGAGCAAGAGUCUUAGUUCGAGUCUCACCUAUAUAUCAUUUUUUGUACAGUAUACAAAGCAUGCUAUAUUUUUAUAAAUGUUGGAAAUAAAAUCACUUCUCCGUA